AUGUUUUCUUGCUGCUGCUCCGACAGCGCCACCCGUGGUGAGCUGCAAACGGAAGAGAAGCCCGAGGGUUUAGAGGGUCCUGUUGAGGGAGAAAAAGCAGCAGCAGCAGCAGCAGCAGCACCAGCAGCAGCAGCAGCGGAGCCAGCAGCAGCAGCAGCAGCAAAAGAUGCAGCAGGAACCGAUGCAGCAGCAGCAGCAUCGCCGCCACCGCCAGCUGCAGCAACGUCACCAGAACCAACAGCAGCAGCAGCAGCAGCAACAGCAGCAGCAGCAGCAGCAGCAGCAAAUGAUGCUGCAGCAGCAAAAGAGGGAGCUGCAGCAACAAACCGAAAAAUGCAAUUCACACAAACAAAAAAACAAGAAGCACCACCCGCCAAGAAACCCAUGACUGCCCCAACAACUGACCGCGCGAGAAGAACUUCUGUGCCGCUGGAGUGCCCGCUAGAAGAAGGCGUCUUCCUCAUGUAA